AUUGCUGCGAAAAGCCUUAGUUGAUCAUAUUCAUUUAUUUAUUAAUUCUUUUACGAAAUAAAAAAUCCUCACACGUGUAUGUAUUCAUUUUAUGAAUCUUAAGCGAUCGGAAAUAUGCUGUUGUGAUUAAACAUUCUCCUGCAUUGGUGGUAUCUUAGCAACAGAGGCGAAAAUGUCAACAACGUUUUCUGCUUGCGGCUGACGAGUCGACAGUGACAGGAUGUCUACAAAAGGAGCAACAAUGCUGGCAAAGACCCGAUCAGAAGAUGUUAUAAAGAACCAUGAAAAAUCACAGAAGACACUGCUCUCUUUUGAGGCUGAACGCAUCUUAAAAGUAUUGGAAAACUGCAUCAAUCAAGUUGAGAUUGUGGCUACUCUGCCUGCUGUCCUCCGAUUGAACAGUGUUAUGGACAAGCAGUUGAGUAAGGCACUUCAAGAGCACCAAAUAUUAGAUGAAAAACUGGAGACAGUGGAACAUCUGAAGUGGGAGUCUGGAGAUUUGGAACAAGAAGGAGUUGUUAGAAAAGCAAGGACUCAGGUUGAGAAAGACAUCAAGAACUCUGCCAGGGAUCUGCUCAGGAUUGUCAGAGCAAAGCCAGAGGCCAUGUGUGGUUUAAGGGCAGAGCUAGUUAAGGAACUAGGGGACGGUGACAAUGAGCACAUGCUGGAAGUAGGGGACAGUGAGCGCAUGCUUAUUAGGGGGCUUAAGACAUUUCACAUCGAUGUGGGACAAAAAUUGAUGACCAGUCUGGAUGAGGAGGUACAGCAGCUUCUCCAGGAGCAGGAGUUUUUAUCCACUGCCAGCGAUUUGGAACGCAUGAUUUCACAAGAAGAUGACAAGAAGACAAUCAUAAAAGGAAUAGAUGAAAAUAUUUCAAAGAAAAAUGACAAGAUCAAAUAUUUGCAAAGUUUUCUGCAAGGGAGAAGCAGACAAAACGUCGAUAUGUCACUUCUUGUAGACAGCCAGCGCCAGUCACUCCUCAAGACAUCAGAGGUGAAACACACCAGUAUGCAGCAGCAGAUCGAUCAACUAAACACUCAGCUCAGCAGUUUGGCCCUUGAAAACAGGCAGGCAGAGAGAGUCAUCCAAGAGAAAAAUGAAAAUGUGGAGGCAGAAAUUGAAUACUUGCUCCAAAUGUUUGAUGCAGAAAUAGGAGAAAUCCAGGCCAACCUGGAGUUGAAUGAAACAGAUUAUGACAAAGAGGAGGAGGAGCAAAAGAAGCUGGAGAAGCCUUUUUCAGUCCUAGAGGUGGAGUGCAACCAAAUCCUGGAAAAGCGUCGGCUGGCAGAAGAAAAGAGAAAAGAGGAGAUAAAGGAGCUGGAGCUGAAGACCAAAGCUGCUAUCUUUGCCCAAGCCUGGUGGAGAGGCUACAGUACUCGUAAAGCCUUAAAGAACAAGAGCAAAAGCAAGAAGGUCAAAAAAGGGAAAGGCAAGAAAACCAAAUGAAUCUCUGACCGGUUUUAUUACUCUGGUGCUACAGACACACACUCAUGAUAUGCUUUAGGAAAAGCCUGUUGCGCAAAUACCAUUAUACUUUAUAUUCAGUGUGUGCUUGUCAUUUGAGUGUUGUUUUAAUAAAGUUCUUUAUGUUUUACUUUAAACAAGUAUUUAUUACUUUGGUGAACAACACAACAUCAAGGACUGCAGUGCUUCCAAACUCUUUGAGAGAAACUUUGUUAAAGUCCCAUAAAAAAACCAUUUCCUUUUAAAUUUAAUUUAAUAAUAUUAAUUCUAUAUCAUUCCUUUCUUUUUAUGAAUGGAAUUUAU